AUGUCGAGCUGCUGUGUACAAGGAGCGCGCCACGAAGGCGACAGCGCAGGUAGACUGCGCGAAGUGUACGGAUUAGAGACAUACGAGGUGGGUGCAGGGACACGGGUGAUCGUGGUGCUAACGGAUAUAUACGGGCACCGCUUUAAAAACGUGCAGUUAAUCGCGGACCAGCUAGCCGAGGCAGGUUACCGCGUUCUUGUACCGGAUAUCCUACAGGGCGAUGCAGUCGAGCGGUUGGAUGGGAGCGUGAACUUCGGAGAGUGGCUGGAGAGGCACGGCCCGGCGGUAACGGGGAAGUUAGUAGCCGAGUACAUGCAGCGGGUGCGCGAGGGAGGUGCCAGUUUCGUCGGCGUGACGGGAUACUGUUUCGGUGCGAAGUACGCCGUGCAACAAAUUGGGCCGGAUGGGCAUGCGGACGCAUGUGCGGUCGCGCACCCGUCGUUUCUUGAACUGGAAGAGGUAGCACGGGUGCGGAAGCCGAUACUGAUCUCGGCUGCGGAGACCGAUCAGCAUUUUCCUGCGGAGACGCGGUGGGCGGCGGAGAAGGAGUUGGCCGGGAUUUGCGCCACCUAUCAGAUCGACUUGUUCAGCGGCGUUGUGCACGGCUUCGCUGUGCGUGGCGAUCUGGCUGACGAGGCCGUGCGUUACGCGAUGGGCAAGGUUGUGGGCGACCAGAUUUGCUGGAUGGGGCGCUUCGCUAAGUGA